AAUGACAUUGCCACACUUUGUUAUGUUCAAGUGGGUGCAAAGUUAGUUUAAGACGGACUACACCUAAGUCAAAAUUUAAUAAAAUAUGCAUUGUAACUGAUCUCAUCUUCAUGAAGUUUUAAAUAAAUUUCAAAUGUGAGAGGAAAACUUUAGGAACCACGCGUUUCGUUUUCUAUUUAUACCUCUCCGUGUAAUCCAGAAAUAGACAUUGUUCAGGCCGGCUUGCUCGUAGUUCUCCACAACCGUCUUAACGAAUUACUUGUGUGAAUACGACAAUACGAUUUAAGAAAAUAAUACUUAAAUGGCAGAUUCAACUUGCAGCCAGGGCUCGGGAGGUGGCGAAGGACAGGCGCCAGCUCAGGCGCUAGGAACGCAGGAAGCUAAACCUGCCGAACCUAUUAAAGCUGAACUACCUGCAAUCAUAUCAGACAUACCAUUUGAACUGAUACCUGAAUCAAAUGCAGUCGCAAAUCCAACACCACCGAAGAUUGAAGAGCCCAAUAAUGAGGUCAAGACUGAAGGGGAGAAUAAAGAGGUAACAGAUGAAAAUAUUGCUCCAGUAGUGGUUGAGGCAGGAAAUCUACCUGAUGCUAAACAAGAUGGUCUCGCUGGUGAUAAUUCGAAUGAUUGGCAACAGAGAGAAGCAGCACUUCUUAUAAAAAAUCAAGAAUUAGAGAAAGUAAAAAGCGAAAAGAGCCAAGACACCCUAAGGAUGGAGCUGAAGGUGCGAGAGGAAGAAAUAGAUCUGCUAAAAGCCCGGGUUAAAAAUCUCGAAACAGAACUACAAGCGGCUCUUUCCAAGCCUGGCCCAAAGAAUCAUGAAAUGAUUGAAAACAUUAAGCAACAACACGAAGAGCUUCUCAGUAAAGCUCGCGGCAUGAUAUUCGACAAGACAAAAAUGGUUAAAAACCAAGAGCUGCAGAUAGAAGCUCUGACUACGCAGGUGCAGUCACUCAAGGAUAUCAACAUGAUUACCAAGGACUUGCUGGAGAUCAGGAAUUCGGAAAUUAAGGCUAUGGAGGACCGGCUCCAGGCGAUGGAGGAACGUUUCAAGACGGAGAAAGAGCGCUACGGGCUAGUGCUGCAGCGCGCGCAGACCAGCUCUAACAUCAACGAUGACCUCAAGAAAGAGUACGAGACACAACUAAAAAUAUUUAAGGAACUCCGAUCAAAGUACGAGCAAAAGGUGGAGGCUCUAGUCGCAGAGAACAACAAAUUGAAAUUAGAUUUAGCCAAAUCGAACGGAGUUGGAACGUCUACGGAAACGCCGAAAUAAUUAAAAAAGGACUUAAGAUGACUUACCUUUUCAAUUUUCGAAUAUUACCUAUAAAAUACCUGUUCAAGAUUAUAAGUACUUAAAAUAAUACAUAAAAUACGUGAAUUUUGAUAAAAUAAAUAAUUUGUACAUA